CUCACGCCUCGCUUGACCAACGCCAACGCCAAGCUUUAGCCUCGCAGCUCCCCCACCAAACAACUCUAAAUCCCAGGUGCAGCCUUCACAUCACGAAGCUCUCCACACAACUUCGCAACGACCUCCGCUCCUCCACACUCCAGCCAGAUUCCGGCAAUCCAACCGCCACAAUGCCAUACCUCGACACAGCCCAGCAAUGGCUCACACAAUCAUCUCUCCUGCUAAAAGCACGACCUGCGACUACACGCAUAACAAGCAAGUACACCAUCUCACUCCCCUCCUCCACAUCCUCAACACAAAUACCCACCACAGCCUCAGCAUCCAAACCCACGCCCGACCAGCCCGCCGCCCGCGCAACCCUAACCCUCAAAACGUACGAUCCUCAAAGCGGCACCACGCUCAAAUACAGCACGAAUAAGGGCGCGGAAGUCAGUAGAUUGAUUCAGAUUCUGGGGCGGCUGGCGAGGGGUAUGGCGGGACUGGAGGAGAAGGAAGAGGAGGAAGUGAAGGAGGAGAAAGAUGAGGGUGUGCCGGUUGCUGUGGGCGGAGGUGGUGCGAAUGGGAACGGGAAUGGGAAGGGUGGUGUACAGACUGGUCAGGGACAGCAGCAGCAACAGCAGCAGAGUGGGAAGGGCAAGGGCAAGAAGAAGGGGAAGAAAUGAGGUGACGGUGAUCUAGAGCUGGCUGAGAUAGGUCGUUACCUUGCAAUUGGAGAUGCAGGAAUUCGGAGGUGGUAACUGAAUGGAAAGUGCUACCAAUCCAGAGAAUAUGAGAUGGGACAUUGCUGGAGAGUCUCGAUGGCACCUCGAGAUGUGCAUAACAUGGCGUUCUGGUACUGGCCGGCAUAGCAUAGCAUCUUUGAGAGAAUGAACAGAAACAAGAUCACAAUGAGAAUUGCCGCGUC